AUGACAGGCUACCUUACAGGAGGCAGCCCCAUGUCGAGGAGCACUACCUCCUCAAUGGCUUCGGUCUCAGUGGGACUUCACUCAGAUAAGCACGAGUGCAGUCCACAAGAGGAGGAGAGUAGCCGCUUGGUGCGGACCUUCCCCAAGAUGACUGAGGGCCACGUGGAUGUGGGCACACAGACGGAGACUGUGGUGGUGCUAUCUCUGGCUCAGGCAGCCGUUCUUGGCCUCAUCUCCCAGAAUGAAAUCUUUGGGGCCACCAUCGCUCCUAAUGGCUUCUACACAGGAGAACCCAGAGAGCGCCCCCCUCCUCAGCCUGAGGCAAUGGAGUAUGAGUACGCUGAACAGCUGAUAGGGGCUAACGGGGACUACCUGGCUGAGCCUGCUGGGGAGCCGGAGCCCCAGCCACACUGCAGUGAGAGAAGAAGGCCAGGGCCCCGUGGGAGGACCAAGAGGCCUAAGAGUGAUGGAGAUUUAGUGGGUCACCCACACAAAGUACCAAGUCCACAGGCUCAGGUUAAAGGUGAACGGCUUGAGUCUGAUACACCAUCUUCCUGCAUUCACAUGAACAGCAAGCGUAGUCCUGGCAAGCAAGAGGAUGCCAUCACGCCACAAGGUUCUCUGAAAGAGGAGCAGGCCUGCGGAAAUUGUCCCUCAUGUGUGAGAGACACAUCCAGGCCACAGUCAGAUGGACAACCAGAGCAGGAACAAGAAGAAAGCAGUGGUAGAGAAAGAGAGAGGAAGGAAGAGGAGUUGGUGGUGGAGGAAGAAGAAGAGGAGGAGGCACUAAACCUCAAAACUAGUGGAGAGACUGGGAGUCCUUUGGAGAACCGGUAUUAUGAGUCCAAUGAGGUGGCCUACGAGUCUGCUGAUAUGGCACUGCCAGGAGAGUACGAGGAGAACGGGCAGGCCAUGCUGUGGUCAGACCCGGAGGGCCUCGCCAGGAGAAUGCAGAUUGACAGGUUGGACAUCAAUGUACAGAUCGACGAGUCUUACUGCGUAGAUGUAGGAGAGGGUCUGAAACGCUGGAAGUGCCGCAUGUGUGAGAAGUCAUACACAUCCAAAUAUAACCUUGUCACACAUAUCCUGGGCCAUAAUGGAAUUAAACCCCAUGAAUGUCUACACUGUGGAAAGCUCUUCAAGCAGCCAAGCCACCUUCAGACUCACCUGCUCACCCACCAGGGAACCCGACCUCACAAGUGCACUGUUUGUGAGAAGGCCUUCACGCAGACCAGCCACCUGAAGAGGCACAUGCUACAGCAUUCAGACGUCAAGCCCUACAGCUGUCGCUUCUGUGGCCGUGGCUUUGCCUACCCCAGCGAACUGAAGACCCACGAGAACAAACAUGAAAACGGUCAGUGCCACGUCUGCACCCAGUGCGGUAUGGAGUUCCCAACCUACGCACACCUGAAACGUCACCUGACCAGCCAUCAGGGCCCCACCACAUACCAAUGCACAGAGUGCCACAAGUCCUUUGCCUACCGCAGCCAGCUGCAAAACCACCUAAUGAAGCACCAGAACGUGCGGCCCUACGUUUGCCCAGAGUGCGGCAUGGAAUUCGUCCAGAUCCACCACCUUCGACAACACGCUCUCACUCACAAGGUACUGGCAGCGCACGCCCUCGCACGUAAGGGUAUGAAAGAAUUCAAGUGUGACGUCUGUGCCCGAGAGUUCACCCUGUCUGCCAACCUGAAGAGACACAUGUUGAUUCACGCCAGUGUGAGGCCCUUCCAGUGCCACGUCUGCUUCAAGACCUUUGUCCAAAAGCAGACCCUUAAAACGCACAUGAUUGUCCAUCUGCCGGUCAAGCCGUUCAAAUGCAAGGUAUGCGGGAAGUCUUUCAAUAGAAUGUACAACCUCCUCGGCCACAUGCAUCUCCAUGCCGGCAGCAAGCCCUUCAAGUGCCCUUACUGCACCAGCAAGUUCAACCUGAAGGGCAACCUCAGCCGACACAUGAAGGUCAAACACGGCAUCAUGGACACCUCAAUAGAUGGACAUGAGCCCCCCCAGGACCCAGAAGGCCAGGAGGAUUAUGAAGAGGAGAGCUUUGAAUUCAGUGAGCGAGAAAACCGGGCUAACAACAACAACACACCAGACAUUGCUAAACUAUCUCAAAUGGAGUAUUACAGCACCUAUGGGAAGGGCGCGGGGCGCUUCAGCACUGCAUGAAUUAUUAAAAUGACCCCAAAUUGAAUAUAAGUGUUAACUAAUGAAAACAGGAUUGUUUUUUUUGUUUGCUGUUAAAGGCAUUGCGCUCGGGUUGUUCUUCAAGGAUGUGAAGAUACCCAGCAAAACUGCACAUUCAUAUGCACUGGAAUCACUCGUAAUGCUACACAAUUUGAAAAUGAAUAGUUUUUACCUAAUUACAUAUUUUUCAUCUUUAAAACACUGCAAAUCUACUGAAAAAAUAUAUAUAUUUGAGAAAAGUGGAGUCUAAAAUCGCGAAAACUAAGUUAAAAAAAAUCUAUAUAAAUGCGUAUGUUGUCAGUUGCUUAACAACAGAAAAAUCAUCUGAGCCUAAUUUGAAAAGCACAUUUUUAGCUGUGAGCAUAAAAGCAUAUGGUGAUGUCAUACUGCACUUCCUCACUCAGACAAUCCCAGUCUCUCUCAGUCUGCUGUGGUAAACUAAUGUGAAGGGUUAGAGAAGGGAACAAGUGUUACUGCUCAUUUCACUUGCCAAAGCUUAUCAAGUUGCAGAGGUUAAUGAUUCACUUUGAUUUAUACUGUGACAAAUUAAAUCUGAGGUCUGCAAUAUGACUUCAGCUCCAUUGGAUUUGGAAUCCGUGUUUUAUUGUAUAUUAUUGUACAUAAUGUAUCAGUCCUCUUGUAUGUUGGCUGGUACUAUAAUCAGUGCUUUGCACUGAGGGCCACUGUGUCUACUUUUUAGGUUUCUGCAUUAACAAGCAUCCCCCUGUAUUGAUCUCUAGUCUAUGAAUGUAAUUGUUUCUGUGGAAUGUUUUAAGACACUAAUGACAAGAAAAUCAAAAUCCCCUUUUUAAAACCAUAGACCCCUUUACCAAAGAAUUGAAUCAAAUGUUGCAGCUACAGGCACUGUCAGUCUCUUUUCCUCGCUGUUGUGUCGAGCUGGGACAUUGGUUUUCUUAAAAGGUCCAAUCGCAGACCUCAUGAAAUUACAUUCAGGUUUCCCUCCCACCCAUCGGUAGAUCUCUUCAAAAGAUAACCACAGAGAACAGACUGUGGUACAGCUUCUCUUUCAACAAAUCUCACUCUGCCCCCCCCACCCCAAAUCCAGGCCUUCACGAGACAAGACUGCAGCAUUUUUCAAAAGCAAUGCAAACCUGCAUUUGUAUUGCAGUUGUCUUUUUUUUCUUUUUCUUUUUUUAAUGGAUGAAUCUCAACAAGAAUUGUCCCAAAAAACUCGGACAGAAAUAUUAAGUGCCCCAGUGUGUCUGCGAGAGCAUGCCAUCCAUCAUGCUGUACACUGGUCUCAAGUGAUGAACGACAACCUCCCAACAUGUGACAGGGCCAUGGACCUCAUGGAAAAUGAUUUGGGAAAUGCUCAAUAUAUUCAGUUUCCCAGUGCUUAGCUUUUCAAACUUGUAACCUGCAAACAAGGUAUCCAUGUGCGAUGUUGAUAUAGCGCAUUUAAAAUAAAGAAAAAAAUGCUCAUUUUUUUGAGUUCCUCAGCAUCUGUGUUUAAUCCAUCGCUGUUUUAGUGAUGAAACAAAGGGGAAGAUGUUCAGCUUAAAUGGCUUUCUGUAUUAGACAUUAGUGUGGAGAAAAUGUGGAUAGCAAUGUAUGUACAAUCUUGUGUACCAGAC